CUGUUGUAGUUUAUAUUCACAGGAAACAAAUAUGGCUUCAAAACUAAACAUCUUGUGUGGUUCAUGUGGAUAUGAGGACAUCUCCAAAAAUGCAGAGAAAUGGUGUACCAUAUGUGAGGAGGGAUUCUGUGGAGAAUGUGAAAAGUACCACAAAUCGAUGAAAGUUACAAGAGAUCACAAGAUGAUUUCUAUUGAGGACUAUCGUCAAAUUGAAAACAUUUCUGUUAAUCUGAACUGUGAGAUUCAUGGUAAAAAGCUAGAUCUAUACUGCAAAAAACACGAUAUUGCGGCUUGCGUUGUUUGUAUUCAUUCGGAACAUAAAUCCUGUUCCUCCUCUGAUGUCAUCUCCAUUGAUGACGCAUCGAAAAACGCUAAACAAUCAACAUCACUCUUAGACUUAGAAGGAACUUUCUCAACAACAACAGACAACUUGAAGUACUGUAUCAAAGACCGAGAAAUAGCUUUGACAAAUGUGGACCAAGAUGAACAAACAAUACGUAAAACGAUAACAGACACACGAAAGAAUCUAAAUGAAUACUUGGAUGAACUCGAGAAAAAACUGCUUCUAGAUUUGAAAUCAAAACAUGGACACUGUAAAUCUAAAAUCAUAAAAAUUCUUAACCAAUUGAGGCAAAUGGAGAAAGAGGUAGAAAUACUGAAAGAGCAGACGAUUCAAAUGAAAAGUUUUGCGUCUGACCUGCAAGUAUUUCUAGGAACGCGCCAUUUAAACAAAACAAUGAGAAAAAAGAUUGAAUCACUCAAAGAAGAGAUCAGAAAUUGUACGAAAAACAGAAUGGAGAUAAAGGUCAAUCACGUGAUCAACUCCUUAGUGAAUGAGGUAAAACUGUUUGGAGAAAUCAAAGUUAUUGAAACUAUGGCCAAUCUACAAUUAAAAGAUGCAAAAACUGACCAAGCUCAGAUACAAAUACAGGGAUUAUCGCAAAAUAUUCACAAUGUCAGUUUGAAGCUGAAACAGAAGUUUGAUAUAAAAGGACCAGACGCAUCUAUCACUGGCUGCAUUGUAUUACCUGACAGCCGAAUUAUAGUUGCAGACUAUAAUGGAUGUGGUAAAUUAAUGGAAUACAAUAAUGAUGGUCAACACAUACGUGACAUUCCUGUUUCUGAUAAACCGGAUAGUCUUACAUUAGUGGAUACCGACUGUAUUGCUGUUACAUAUGGAUAUUCUACAUACCUAGAGAUUAUAAACACUAAGAAUACUAGUGAAAGAAAGAGGGUGAAGUGUAGUAGUGACUGUUGGGGAAUAUCUUACCAGGACCAUAAGCUGUAUGUUGUUGUAUAUAAACAAGGCAUAGUAGUGAUGGACUUGAAUGGGAAGACUUUAAAUACAUUCGAUAUCGAUGUUGACAGGGUGUUUAAUAUAACAACGACCAGCGACAGGAUAUAUUAUACAGACUACGAGAGUAAUACAGUACACUGCUGUAGCAUGACAGGACAAGAAAUAUGGGUAUUCACGGAUCUGUCUAUUUCCGAACCGAGUGGGUUAUCAGUGGACAGUAAUCAGAACGUAUUUGUUGUUGGUGGAACCUCAAAUAACCUGACAGUAAUACAACAUGACGGGAAAGAUAGCAAGGUCUUACUUACUGAUCGUGAUGGACUUAAAUCUCCUAAUGCAGUGAAUUACAACAAACAAAAGAAGAUAAUUUGUUUAGGCUACAAGUCAGGAAGUGUUGCAUUGUACCAAGUGUCGUGA